AUGAAUACAAAGGGUGCUUUCUGCUCUAUGGCUAUUAUGUUCAACAUCUGCGCUCUAGUAAAUGGAUGGCAUCAGAGCGUUUCAGUGGACGGGGCCACUGGGCUCAAAGCAACUUCAUUGGCUAUAUCAACAGCGGCCUAUAUCGCAUACCUACUCACAAUGGCUCUCCACAUUGAUUCAAUAAUAGGAUUCUUGGUGACAGUAAUAGGAUGGCUAGCUUCCGCAAUUAUUUUGUUCACCCUCAUCGGCAUUGAGGUCGGACGGCAUCGGCAAGCCCAAGGCCACCAAGUCUUCGCAUAUACACAGAACUUUUUCGCCAGCAUAAUAUCGGCCGGUCUCUAUUUUCUGAUAGCAAUCCUACUCUCCAUAUACGUGGUCUGCGUGAAAGUGGCCCCUCUCGGUCAAGCGGACAGACGAAAGAUCGAAUGUACAACAAUCGUGCUCCGGGCUAGUGUUUUGGCCAUUCUGCUUCUCGGCGGAGCCGCCAUAUACAGCGCUAUUGAAGGCUGGUCGUUGAUGGACGCUCUCUACUUUACUGAUUACACCCUCCUAACCAUCGGUAUUGGGAACAUAACCCCAAAGACUCAUCUUGGGCGCAGUCUGCUAUUUCCCUACGCCACUUUAGGGAUUAUUAGCUUAGCCCUUUUUAUUACCGCUGUGUCAUCUUUUACCGAUCAGAUGAGAGAGUUAAAGCUCAAGUGGAGGUUGGAGAAAAGUCGAAAUCGAAUCUAUACCGCACAUUCAUUGAACAACAUUGUUGACGGUCCCCCAACAACUGAAAGAGACCAAUCACAAAUUGCUUCAGUCAGGCUCGUCAAGGGCGAAGAAAUUCUCAAAACACGCAACGUCAAAUCUGCAUUCUAUCGAAAAAGGAGAUGGGCCGAGUUAGGACUUUUCUUAGCUGCAUGGUUCCUCCUGUGGCUCGUCAGUGCGGCUAUUUUUUGCCAAUCCGAGAAAGAAGAUAAGUGGACCUACUUCGUGGCUCUUUAUUUCACCUACACAUCUCUCACAACAAUCGGAUAUGGUGACUAUUUCCCCACGAGCAAUUUCGGCAAGGUUUUCUUCAUUUUAUGGUCAUUACUGGCCAUCCCAAUUCUAACAAAUCUGGUCGAGGCCAUAGGGAGUGUGUUUCACAUAUGGCUGGUUUUCUGCUCUGGCUGGAUUUGGCGACAUGUGCUUCGUCGAGGACUCGGGCACACAAGAGAGCAUCAUAACCAUGAGCAUAUCUAUCGUUCCUUAGAUAUAUCGAGCUUCAUAGGGACGAACGGAUCCCCGAAGCCGGGGUCACGAGAUUCUAACCUUAAUAUUGAGAGCCAGGCCCAGGGUUGUUCGGACACCAGGCAUGACUCGCUAUCUGCGCUGAAAUAUUAUAAGCGAGGAGAUCUAGGUGGGGACGAGCAACGCCGGAUCAUAUCUCGGAGAGUUUCGACACAGUAUCACCUGUUGCUCUCAGAAGAGAUAGGGAACCUUAUCGCUAUGACAGGGGAUGGUUGUCUUGAACACGAGGAACAGCUCUGUUGUACGUGGUCUAGAGUCAUCCAUCUGCUUCAGGCUAAGGGAGAUGAUGCUACACUGUCUGAGCUUACGCCUCUGUUCGCAUCUGUGAAGUCCGAGCAUAUGACGAUGGGGAACCUGGGGGACCCUAAGAAUGAAUUAUCAAAGAAAAGCGCUGAGAUCUCAUUGAUGCUGAACCUGUUAGUGGGGAAGCUUUCUUCUGAAUUGCGGAAGGAGCUUUCUAAGACGAUUGAAUAA